CUCGUUGUCGAAAAAUCACGUUUCUGGACUUCGGCAACCCACGAGUACAAGGUGUAAGAAGUCCUAUCUUCGUAAUCAUUCCUAUAAGCAAUAAUUUCUUGCAUUGAACUUAAAACCGGCAUACGCCUGAUACAAAACCGUGCGAACCUAGCAGCAAAACCCCGCCCAUUCCGUUACCACCACAGGCACUAGCAAAAAUAGCUAGCCGUUAGCUUGUCACUGUUGACGUUGGGAAUCAACAACCCGUAAGAUUUCUCGAAUACUGGACUUAGGAGCUGUCCACGGACGAAACUUAAAGCCGCGAUGUGCUCCGUCGUAGGAUGUGAUUCGGAGCGUCGCAGUGCGCAACGCUUCAAGUUACCGGAGGACCCAGAGAUGAGACUGGAGUGGGUCCAGUUCCUGUUCGAAGUCAAUGGACAACGACUCAAAGAGUCGUCCUGGACUGAUAUCACCAUUUGUAGUGAACACUUCGCUGACGGUUGUUUUGUAAACGUGACUGGCACAGUGCUGCUCAGGUCUGGUGCCGUCCCAUCACUGUGUGUCAAGUCAGAGCCAGAGGAACAUCUGGAGAACCCACAUGUGGAGGUGAAUCCCCUCGGACAGGUGUUACUGUCCUCCUACUACCUUUUCAUCUCGUCAGUGGAGUGUGUGGAAACAGAUGUUCAGACAUGUAAUAGUCCAACUUCCUGUUCUGAAAAAUCAAAAUAUGCUUUAACAGGCUCUCAUUCAAGUCCUGAGUCAAGUGGCGCCUCAGUGUCACAUUCAUCUGAUGUUUCAAAUCCUGUCUCGCUGGAUCUGAUCAAAGAAAAAGCUGCACUCCGACAGAUGAAAGGCAAGUUUGUUGUGAAUGAAAGGUGCCUCCUCCAGUUGUUCCGCCGCAAGUGCCCAUCAUGUGGCCAUAAACUGCAGAUGGAGAAGGUCACCUGUGGGGUGAUUAUUGUUUUUAACCAACAGUGCCUUCAGUGUGACUACAGAUACCAAUGGAAAAGCCAAGUCAAUGCCAGUGUUCCCGCGGCUGCAGAUCAACACCUGACAGGAGAUACAGAAGUAACUCCAGAGACCCCACAGAUGCUGUCAGAUGACAACCCCAGCAGUACAGUUUUCUGUGAGAUUGUUACUCUUAGUGAUGAAGACAGUCACCCUUCAGAUGAAGGCGAAGAAGGUGAUGCCAGUGGGCUGAGUUCAGAUGGGGAAUGGAAUCCAACGGAGGAAAUUUUGUUGGCCGAUGAGCUCACAAAGGAGUCUGAAGAGGAAACUGAAGAUGAAGGCGAAGAGGAGGAAGAUUUGGAUUCCCCGAGUGGCCUCAAAAUUAAUGAGCUCUGCACUGAGUGUGGACGUUUUUUCAAUGUUCUGAAGCCUCACACAUGCGAGCACAAAAUAAAGCCCUACUCCUGCAAUAUUUGUGGCAAAAGAUGCGUCACAGAGAUAUCUCUAAAAAAUCAUAGCAAAAUCCACGAUGAAACCUACGAACACCCUUGCAAAUACUGCCAUGUUACCUUCAAAACAAGGGUGGACAAAUGUAAACACGAACAGACUCAUCAGGAUAACAAAGAUCCCUAUAAAUGUCCCGACUGUCCAGAGACAUUUGCAACCGGUAGAGAACGAAGCAUCCACCUGGCAAAUCAUAGAACCUCAAGGGAGUUCAAAUGUGGAGUUUGCGGGAUUGAAUUUAAGGAUGUGCAUCAUCUUCGGAGACACUCUGUUGUGCACACAGGAUUGAAGCCCUACAAGUGUUCAGUUUGCCAACGGGGCUUCAACCAGACAAGCCACCUCAAAUCCCACAUGCGUCUGCACACGGGGGAGAGGCCUUAUAAGUGCCAGUACUGUGACCGUAGUUUUAAUCAUAACGUAAGCUUAAAGAGUCACGUCCAGCGAUACCACUCAUCGAGCUCUGGACGUGGACGGAGAAAAGAAAACCAAAGGGCAGGUAACACUGGUGAUGAUGAGGACAGUGGGAAUAAGAAAGGCACAGACUCCGAGUCUGACAAUGUAGAUGAAGAGCAGGACACAGAGGAAAAGGUGCAGAAGGAAAGAACAGAUGUGCCAAAAAGUAAAAGGAGGAGCACAGGUAGGCCCAAAGGAAGGCCAAAGAGAAAUGCAGCAGGCAACUUGGUUCUGGCAGGGGGCAAAAAAGGCAAGUGCUCAAAUAAUAAGACUGUGAAAUCAAAGGUGCAGAAGUUCAAGAAAACUGGUUCCAGCGAUGAGGAAAGCGAGGACGAGCAAUCAGAGAGCGACGUAUCCUGUGACUCGGCUGAAGAGGAAGGAGUAGAAGAGACCGCCAGGAAGAGAAAAGGGACAUCAAAGGGAAGACCAAAAAAUGACUCUGAUUUUGACCCAGAAAAAGAAACAAAGAAGAAGAGAAACUGGUUUCAGUUUUCUUAAGUACACUCCGAAAAUCAGCUCACUGAGGCUUGAAACUAGUUGGAGAUACAGCAGGUGAGGUUCAUUGCAUUGAAGAGAGGUUAGCUGUGGUUCUGUUAUGCUUCGAUUAUUAUACGUUUAUUAAACUCAUCCUUGUGGAACCUCCGAGGACAAGCUGCCGUCUGAGAUUUCGGUGUUGCUGUUGAGCAGUGUGUACUUCCAUGGUGUCAGUGUUUGUCACGGUUUGUCUUCAGGAUUUCACUUCUGUGACUGCAGUGGUCAUUGGUGCAAAUGAGCUUCUCCUGAAUGCAACAGUGAGGAGGUUUUCUGGAGGUAGUCCUCAGUGUGUCAUAAUGUAAGUAAUGUCAGAGAGUAAGGUAUGGGUUAAU